GGUUUUCUGCCGCUGCGCGUUCUGUUGGGUUUGGUAUUGCAAGAAGGGAAGGCAAGACAUAGGAGCCGGGAAAGCCGAGGGAUCGGGGGCCCCAGCUCUCGAUGCAUCGUUCCGUUCGAGCACCAUGCACAGCUGUUGCCUCUGAGCUCCUGCCACCAGCAGCAUGGCCUUAUGGAUUUGUUUAUGCUGGAGUAGUGCUCAGCUCACCAAAGUGGGCUAAUAGAGCCACCCAUACUGCAGCUUUCUGGGAGGGCCUGAUUUGAGGAUGCAUUAAUGAAGCUGAAGUUAUGGCCAAACAGCAAGGAGGUCCCAAACAGUCCUGCAUUUACGUAUAUGCUCAUAGCUGGAAAGUGUGACCACCGGCCUCCAGUAAUUUUCUAGAGGAGAAGACCACACCUCUCUCUCUCAUGCCAUUUUUGAGAAUGGAGACAUCUCCAGGAAAUUCCGGAUUCAGGCAGCAACGUCAGCACGGGUUUCACGUGGGGCUGGCAUCCCAGCAAGACUUCGGAGCUGCUCUCAGGCAUGGGGGUGUCUGUCCUCAUAGAUAAGCUAGGAAAUGAGAACACCCCCCAGGAGCAGCUGGUGUGCGUGGGCCCACCCCUGAAACGGCAGAAAGCGAAGGACACAGAAUUUGUGAUCGCCCGCAGACCUAGGCUGCUUCGAGAAACGGCAGCAGGUAUUUCUUGGGAUACCUUGCCUGAUGAAUUGCUGCUGGGAAUCUUUUCAUAUCUGUCCUUGACCGAACUGCUGAAAGUUUCCCAGGUUUGCCAGAGAUGGCAUCGACUUUCGGUCGACGAGUCCCUCUGGCAGACACUUGAUCUUGCAGGUAAAAUUCUUCUGCCAGGAGUGAUUGGCCAGUUGCUGCCACUGGGCAUAACAGCCUUCCGUUGUCCAAGGUCCUGCAUUGGGAAUCCUUUGUUUAAAACAAGCAGACCUCUUCAGGUACAACACAUGGAUCUAUCCAAUUGUACAAUAAAAGUUGCAGAUCUUCAAAGUAUUCUCAGCAGGUGCCAGAGUCUACAGAAUCUCAGCUUGGAAGGACUGGUGCUCUCUGAUGACAUAAUUAAAAAUAUAGCACAGAAUUCCAGCUUGGUGCGACUAAACCUCUCGGGAUGUUCUGGGUUUUCUGCAGAAACUUUGGAGCUGAUGUUGAACAGCUGUCCUAGGCUAGAAGAGCUGAACUUGGCCUGGUGCGACUUCACAAUUGAUCACGUGAAAGCAGCAGUCAAUCAUAUUCCUCCCAAAGUAAUACAGCUGAACCUCAGUGGAUACAGGCAGAAUCUACUGAUGUCAGAUGUUAAAACGUUAGUAGAGAGGUGUCCCAGGCUAGUCCAUUUAGAUUUAAGUGACAGUGUUAUGUUGAAGCCAGAAUGCUUUCAAUACUUCCACCAGUUGGCUUACCUUGAGCACUUGGGUCUUAGUCGAUGCUAUCAGAUACCUCCUGCAGCCUUACUUGAUCUUGGUGAAAUAGCUACGCUCAAAAUGGUCCAGGUUUUUGGCAUAGUGACUGCCAGCUCCCUACAACUUCUAAAGGCAACACUUCCUCAUAUAAAGAUCAACUCCUCCCAUUUUACACCUAUCGCAAGACCCACCAUCAGCUGCAAAAAGAACCAAGAGAUUUGGGGAAUCCAGUGCAGACUGAGCUUGAAAAAUGCAGUUGGUCUGUAACAAAGCUUGAAAACAUUUUCAGCUGUCAUAAUUCCUCAAAGCCUGGACUAUGGAGUUCUUCUGAAGUUGUUUUAACUUUGUAGUUUGCCGUGCAGUCCACAGCUGCUUAAGCUAACUUAAAUUCAAUUUUGGGAAAAGCUGUAUCAAGUGGUUUAUUAAACACUGUAUUUUCUAUUUUUUUUUACUGAAGACAUCCCAAUCAUGUACAAAAGUUCAUAUUUAACCUGGAAUGCCUAUUUCUGGAAACACUAUUUUAAAACAACUUAAGUGUGAUUGUUAGAUAAUAAACUCAAAUUUUCAUGUAC